AUGGAGGAUGAUUUUGAUGAUCCCGAUGUUAGUGUUAAAUCUGAAUCGUGUGCUGAAGAUGGUGAUACGUGUUUAGAAAGAUUUAUGAAUUCGAGAUCAUUCGCAAAAACACAUCAUUUAAAAGAACAUAUGGCCGAUCAUAUUCAUAACAAUAGAAAAGAACGUCCUUUCAAAUGCGAAAUCUGUUACAAGACUUUUAAUCAAUUAAAUACUCUGAAAAUACACAUACUCAUACACAGUGGUGAGCCCCCUCACAAAUGCAGUACGUGCAAUAAGAGAUUCACACAAUUAUCUAAAAUGAAAGUCACAUGCUUAUUCACAGAGGUGAGCGACCCCAUCGAUGCAGUAUAUGCAAUAAGACAUUCACACUAUCAGCUGAUACACAGUGGAGUACGACCCCAUGAAUGCAAUAUAUGCAAAAAGACAUUUACACAAUCAGGUCAUCUAAAAAGUCACAUGCUGAUGCACAGUGAAGUAAGUCCCCAUGAAUGCAACAUAUGCAAUAAGACAUUCACAGAAAAAGGUAGUCUGAAACGUCACAUGAUCGUUCACACUGGAGUUCGCCAAAAAAAACAUUCACAGAAAGAGGUCAUAUGA